AAAAGAGACUUGUUAAUGUUAUUGCUCUUUCUUUUCUUCGUACUUCCAACAACUGUACAAGAGAGAGAGAGAGAGAGAGAGAGAGAGAGAGAGAGAGAGAGUAGCUUUAACUUUAAAGUUUAAGCCCCUGGGCUGCACUUGCUUCUUCUCUUCUUCACAUUGACAAGAAAGAGAAACAAAUUCCUCUUCCCAUUUCUCUCUUUUUCGCCGUUGGAAUAAAGAAAUGGACGAGAGUGGAAUCGCAGCCAAUGUGGCGCGAGCGAUAGCCGCUGCCCUCGACUGGACCUCCACUCCGGAUGCUCGUGCUGCUGCGCACUCCUACUUAGAAUCUAUAAAAGCUGGAGAUACACAUGUACUGGCAAAUACAUCAUUUCUUUUGGUAAAGAAAGAUUGGUCUUCUGAAAUCCGUUUACAUGCUUUUAAAAUGCUCCAGCAUCUGGUGCGGUUGCGGUGGGACCAGUUAAGUCCUGUGGAGCGAAGGAAAUUCGCGAAUUUAGCAGUUGAUUUGAUGUCUGAAAUUGCAAACCCUUCUGAAGAAUGGGCUUUGAAAAGUCAGACAGCUGCUCUUGUUGCUGAGAUAGUUAGGAAAGAAGGCCCAAAUCUAUGGCAGGGCCGAGCUGGUUGCAAUGGUGCUAAGGUGGCUUCCAGAAGAUAUUACUGUUCACAAUGAGGAUUUAGAAGGUGAUAGGCGCCGGAUUUUAUUACGUGGGCUAAGUCAGGCUUUGCCAGAAAUUUUGCCUCUCUUGUACACUUUGCUGGAGAGACACUAUGGAGCUGCAAUGAUGGAAGCUAGUAGACAGCAAAUGGACAUUGCAAAACAGCAUGGAGCAGCAGUGGUAGCCGCUGUCAAUGCUGUUAAUGCAUAUGCUGAGUGGGCUCCGUUACCUGACCUUGCAAGAUAUGGAAUCAUAUAUGGUUGUGGUUUCUUACUCACUUCUCCUGAUUUUCGUGUUCACGCAUGUGAGUUUUUCAAACUUGUCUCACCAAGGAAAAGACCUGUGGAUGCUUCUUCUGACUUUGAUUCUGCAAUGAGGAGUGUUUUUGAGGUCUUAAUGAAUGUCACCAAAGAUUUCUUUAUGAAGUCCAGCUCUAGUGGUGGCAGCAGUGAUAGUGAAUUUGAGUUUGCAGAAUACAUAUGUGAAAGUUUGGUUUCAUUGGGUUCUACAAACUUGCAGUGUAUUGCCGCUGAUAGCACGGUUCUCUCAUUUUACCUUCAACAGAUGCUGGGCUUUUUCCAACACUCUAAGCUGGCACUUCAUUACCAAUCUCUACUCUUUUGGCUGUCCCUGAUGCGUGACCUAAUGUCCAAAUCUAAGAAUGCUUUGGCUGAUGGCUUGAACACGGGUACUGGACAGGCCGACAAUGAGAAGAGAAAUAUGCUAGCUUUGGUAACUGAUGAUGUUUGCUGUGCUAUAUUAGACACAUCCUUCCAACGGAUGCUGAUGAAAGAAAAAGUUCAUCCUGGAAUUGCACCAGCUGUUGGAACCUUAGAGCUGUGGAGUGAUGGUUUUGAUAGCAAAGUAGAUUUCAGUCAGUACCGUUCACGACUGUUGGAAUUGAUCCGUUUCAUUGCAUGUCACAAGCCCCUUGUAGCUGCUGCUAAAGUGUCUGAGAGAAUUACUGAAGUUAUAAAGAGCUUUAUGGUUGUGCUUCUACCUACAAAGGAUUUGGCCAUGAUAGAAAGCAUGCAUUUGGCUUUAGAAAAUGUUGUCAGCUCAAUUUUUGAUGGAUCAAAUGAAUAUGGCAAGAACAGCACUGAAAUUCAGCUUUCCUUGCAUCAAAUAUUUGAAGGUCUGCUUCAACAGCUUAUUUCAUUGAAAUGGACUGAACCAACACUGGUGGAAGUUCUUGGCCACUAUUUAGAUGCAUUGGGUCCUUUCUUGAGGUACUACCCAGAUGCUGUUGGCGCCGUAAUCAAUAAACUUUUUGAACUAUUAACAUCGCUACCCUUCAUGGUUAAGGAUCCUUCAACAAGCAGUGCUCGGCGUGCAAGAUUGCAGAUAUGUACAUCCUUCAUUCGAAUUGCUAAGGCUGCUAGCGAGAGCCUCUUACCUCACAUGAAGGGAAUCGCGAGCACUAUGACAUAUUUGCAAACGGAAGGUGUUUUACUACGUGCGGAGCAAAAUCUUCUAGGUGAAGCAUUUCUUGUUAUGGCUUCUUCUGCUGGGGUGCAACAGCAACAAGAAGUUUUGCUCUGGUUGCUAGAGCCUUUGAGCAAACAAUGGACUCAAUCAGAGUGGCAAGAAGCAUACUUAACUGACUCAACCAGCUUAGUUCGCCUUUGUGCCGACACAAAGUUUAUGUGGUCAGUCUUCCACACAGUAACAUUCUUUGAGAAGGCACUUAAGAGGAGUGGUUUUAGGAAAGGUAGUCCGAGUUCAGAGAACAGUUCAAAAACAAAUUCUCCUGCUGAGCACCCAAUGGUUUCCCAUCUCUCGUGGAUGCUGCCGCCUCUUCUUAAACUACUUCGUGCGAUACAUGCUCUUUGGUCUCCUUCUGUUGCACAAGCACUUCAUGGAGAAAUGAGGGCGGCGAUGUUAAUGAGUGAUGUUGAAAAGGCCGGUCUUCUUGGAGAAGGAAAGGUUAAACUGCCCAAGGGUGCAUUAACUUUUCAUGAUGGAUCUCAGUUUGAUAUCAGCAGGGAAGCUUAUUCAGAGCCUAAUGAAGCUGAUAUAAGAAAUUGGUUGAGAGGAAUAAGAGAUAGUGGGUAUAGCAUAUUAGGUUUAUCUGCAACCCUCGGAGAUUCCUUUUUCAGAUGCAUGGACCCUCAUUCUAUUAUUUUGGCAUUGAUGGAAAACAUACAGCACAUGGAGUUCAGACAUAUAAAACAGCUGGUACACUUGGCUUUAGUUCCCCUGGUUAAAUUCUGUCCCUCAGAUCUGUGGGAUGCGUGGCUGGAAAAACUCCUGCAUCCAUUAUUUCUUCAUGUUUGGCAAGCUCUUACCUGUUCAUGGUCUAGUCUUUUACGAGAAGGCAAAGCAAAAGUUCCUGACCUUCAUGGGGUACUUGCUGGAUUGGACUUAAAAGUGGAAGUCAUGGAGGAAAAGCUUCUUAGAGAUCUAACACGUGAGAUUUGUUCUCUUUGCUCUGUUCUUGCUGCUCCUGGGCUGAAUGCUGGGCUUCCUUCAUUAGAACAGGCUGGUCAAGUAAGCCAGAUGGACGAUUCUUCUAUGAGAGACUUGGAGGCCUUUGCUUCUACUUCUAUGGUUGGAUUUGUAUUGAAUAAAAAAGAUCUUGCAGUUCCAAUCUUGAAAAUAUGCAUCGAAGCAUUUGGAUGGACUGAUAGUGAAGCUAUGUCUAAAGUUACUUCUCUUUGUGGACUAGUGAUUCUCCUUGCAAUUUCAACAGAUAAUGUGGAACUUAGAGAAUUUGUAUGCAAAGAUCUGUUUUCUGCUAUCAUCCAAGGUUUAACCCUCGAAUCAAAUGCUAUUAUAAGUGCUGAGUUAGUUGGUCUUUGUCGUGAGAUCUUCAUUUAUUUGUCCAAUAGAGAUCCAUCACCCAGGCAGAUUCUGCUUUCUCUCCCAUGCAUCACCCUACAAGAUCUACUUGCCUUUGAAGAAGCUUUGUCAAAGACAGGUAGCCCCAAGGAGCAAAAGCAACAUAUGAAAAGUCUUCUAAUAAUGGCAACAGGAAACAAGUUGAAAGCUCUUGCAACUCAGAAGGCGGUAAACAUCAUUACAAAUGUCACAAUGAGGAAUCGCAAUUCAGAUGCUGCUCCAGAUUCCAGCCUUGAUGAAGGGGAUGCCAUUGGAUUGGCUGCAAUUACAUAAAGACAAUAUCUUACUGCAAAUUCUGUCACAUAGUUUUACAAAGGAAAAAUAGUCCACUUAAGGUAAGAGAUACCAAAGUAAAGAGAGGCAGCUUCUAUUUUCUCGAGGCUACUACUGAUCACAUUUGUAAAUUUGCCAGAUACGAGUUGCUAAUGAUGAGAUUCAGCUUAUAUUUAUAGUAUUUAUCUGUCUCAUUGCUGGUAGAAGGAAACCAGUCCAUGUUUGUACCUGUUUUCUGACUCCUACAUGCACUGAAUGCUUGUAUCAGCUUGUCUCUGGAGUUUCCGAUAUUGUAAUGUAAUAUAGCUCAAGUUUGGGGGCUGUUGUGAAAAAUUGCGCAGCUAGUUUGGUCCACUGCUGCAGUCUUCCAUUUCUUGGACUGUCAAAUAUCUGGUUAAUGGUUUCAGAUAUCUGUUGUA